UAUAUAGUCACACCAUAGUUAGAGCAUAGCAUAUUCCAUCAAAUUAUAGUAAAACAAAAUGAUGAACAACAGGCGACCUUCUAACAUCGCCCCUCUCUCUUCUCCAGGAUUUGAAAUGCAAGAUAACAAAAUAGGAGCGACGACGACGACAGCAGCAACAACAACAACAGGAGGGAAGAACACGAGCAUCCACGUGACGGCCCUGGACGGGAUCGUGAGCGUGAACUCGCUCUUCACGAUGGCGCUGUUCAUCGGGUUCUCCAUGACGGUGCCGGAGAACGCGACGACGGUGGGCAGCGCGUCGUGCAUCACGAGCGGGGAGACGGUGAGGAGGCUGAUCGUGUUCGAAGUGGCGUCGUUCAGCUUCUUCCUGUUCUCGUCGCUCGUGGCGCAGAGCCUGAAGCUGCAGAUCAACCUGCGGAACAGCAUGGACCCCACCGAUCCGCACAGGGCCGAAAUCAACGUGGACCACCUCAAGUACUGCCUCUCGGCGUCCGCAGUGGGAUCGGUGCUCGGGUGCACGUUCCUGACGCUGUCCAUCGUGGAUUUCAUAAGGGUGAAGCUGGGGUCGCUGUCGUGCGGCGGAAGGCCGGUGCAGGCGGUGGUGCUGCUCCUCAUAUUUGUGGGCUCGGGGCUGCUCAUUUAUCUCGUCACUGCUGCACGUGCUCUCUUUUUCGUGCAGACUCAACCACCAGCUCCUCAGCAGACUCAGGACUAGCAAGUAGUCAAGCAUACUGUUAAUUUUAAUAUAUAGUACUGAUUUAUAUCUAAUUAUUCUAUUUUAUUAGGAUUGUAAUUUUUAAAAUGGAGGAUGAAAAUAUCUCCAAAUAUAGAUAGAGGAUUGAUUUUAAGUUUUAAUUUCAUGUUUCUCUUUGUGCCUUGUAAUUAUAUUAGUAAUUGUUUUGGAAAUAAUGAGCAGUAGCCAUUAAUGAAACUGUUCGUUGCAA